UGUUCUGCGCAUGUGCGAACUGUUCCUGCUGCAUGCCGACAGAAAACAUUCAGUUGAUUCGGUCUCACGUGUUCGUUCGGUUCCGAUAAAUUCGUGUUUUUUCUGGCCGGACUCCGGUUGCGCCCGGUGGGGAAACAUGGAGGACGUAAACCUCAUCAAGCUGCCGGAGGACGAGGACGGGACACCGGCCACGAAGAGACCCAGACCGCUGACGUUCGACCCGGAGAGUGAAGAGGAGAAGCGGCAGAAGAACGUGAAGAGGCUGGCGAUGCUGGGGGAGACGGACGGCUCGGUGAAGCUGCUGGAGGAGCUGGUGUUCGGGGCCGAGGACGAGCUGCUGGAGAGACUCGUGGAGGAGGAGGACGAGGAGGAGCCGGCUGAAGCUCUGCUGGUGCAGCAUGAAGACGACGAGUUGGAGGACGAAGCCCUUCAGCAGCCGCUCAGGAAAGCUGCCUGGGUGGACGAAGACGACGAGCUGGAGGAAGAGGUGGACAUGAGGCAUCGUUACCGUAGAAACCUGAUGAAGGGAGACGCCGAGUCGACCAUGUCCAAACAGAAACUACAGCAGAGGAUGAGGGAGCAGUUCCAGAAGGCGAUGGGAGGAACUCCAUCGUGGGCUGAAAGCGGCACCAAGAAAAAAAAGAAGAAGAAGAAAGCUGCUGAUGAUGACGACGAUGAUGAUGACGACGAAGACGAUGAUGAUGAAGAUGACCUGCUGAGGAGGACGGGGAACUUCGUGGCGUCUUCAGAGAGUCUGCCCAGCGGCAUCCUGAGGAUGAAGAAGUGUCUCCAUGCCAACAGCUGUCGGUCCUCAGAGGACCGACUCACCACCGUCCAGUUCCAUCCCUCAGCUCAGGUCAUCCUGACCGCCGGCCUUGACCAAUCAGUCUGCCUCUUCCAGGUGGACGGAAAGACUAACCCGAAGAUCCAGAGCAUCCACCUGGAGAGAUUCCCCAUCCACAAGGCUCAGUUCAGCCGGGACGGAGAGACGGUGAUCGCCACCAGUUUUAGGAACAAGAUGUUCUACCUGUACGACAUGAUGGAAGGCCGAGUCUCACCUGUUCACACCGUCAGAGGUCUGAAUGAAGCUCGGGUGAAGGAGUUCUCGGUGUGUCCUGAAGGAGGCGCUCUGCUGCUCACUGGAUCUCGAGGAUACCUUCAUCUGCUCACACUGAAGACGAAGGAGGUGGUUCGCAGCAUGAAGAUCAACGGAGACGUCAGCGGCGUCGCGUUUUCUGCAGACAGCGGCAAAAUCUUCGCUAACUCAGAGGAGGGGGAGGUGUAUGUGUUUGAUUUGCGCAGCAGUCGGUGUAUGAACAAGUUCUCUGAUGACGGUUGUGUUCGGGCGUCAUCCAUCGCUGCGGCUCCUAACGGACAGUACCUGGCCUGUGGCUCUCAGUCAGGUGUGGUCAACAUCUACUCCCAGGAGGCGUGUCUUAACUCGGCCAAUCCGAAGCCUCUGAAGGCCGUGAUGAACCUGCUGACCUCGGCGACCUCCCUCGCCUUCAACCCUUCGUCUGAGAUCCUCGCAAUCGCUUCCCGAGACGAGGACGAAGCCGCACGGCUGGUACACAUGGCCAGCCUCACCGUCUUCUCCAACUUCCCCGUUGCCAAGAACAAGUUCGUCUAUCGAACCAGCUGCCUCGACUUCUCCCCAAACAGCGGCUUCUUCUCAUUGGCUAACAACAAAGGCCACGCCCCCCUCUUCAGGUUGCUGCAUUACAAAGACUUCUGAGGACGAACUGUGUGUAAAUAAUGUGACGAGGAGCCGAACACCGAAGAUCCUCAGAACAAACGUUGAAUUUUAUUGUUUGUUUGAUCUCAAAACAGAACUGAAACUGAAUUAUGUGUAUUUUCCGAGCUUGUACCUAAACAAAUAUUUCUGAUUUUUAAAGUAAAGAGUCUUGAACUGA